UAUGUAACCAUGGCAGCGCGUGACCAAAUCGACGAAAUCAAUAAAGAAACAAUACAGAAAGUGAAAGAAUUCAAUGCGAUUAUUAUUGCGCUGAUUGUUACAAAUAAUAGUGGAUCCUAUGCAAUAAUUUUGGAAAUUUAAUUUGUAAAUAGCACGACAUUCGCAAUGAAACACAGCUGGAGAGGAGUGAAUAUUAUUUUAAAAAAUGUAUAAAUAAUAUUAAAAAACAAAAUGAAGAGAAUUAUUUUUUAGUCUUUGCAUUAAAAGUGAAUACAUGAAAAAGAAGAAAAGAAAAGGAACGACAAGAAUAAGUAAACGAAAUCAUCGUGAAAGACAGUUUUUUUUUUUUAAGCGGAUUUGAAGAAAAAUUUCAAAUUUCAAAUAUAAAAUGCAUAAUACAAUGUAUACGAAACAUCAUUAUUCACUUUGUGAUAUUCGUGUCGAAGAACAUCUCAAGUGGUUAAAACAGGUGGACAGUUUGCCAUUGAUCGAAAGUUGCUGUGAUAUAUGUCACUGUGAUUGCUAUAGCAGUCAGCUCAACGAGGAUUUAGCUGAUGCUCGUUUACAGAAAUUGCAAGCUGACGAGUGCCGAAUGAAAAAAGAGAAUGCGAAAAUUAAGAAAAAAAAGAAGAAAAAUGCUUCCAUGCCAGUGCAAAGUGGAAACCAACAAUCGACACUGCCAACAAACGAAUAUACUAAUACACAUAACAAGACACGGCCAAUUGUGAAACUGAAAACCUGUGAUGAAUUAUUCGGGGAGAGAUCCAGUAAAGAAGAAAAGAAGCGUUCGAAAAGCGUGUGCUCUCUACGAAGUCACAGUUCUUGCUCAGAGAGCAUUCAUUAUACUAGAGAUUGCGAAAUUCUUCGCGACCUUUUGAGAUCCUUAGAAUGUGAUGACACGUCUCAUUUAAAAAUUAAUGGCAAAGUAAAGAACAACGAAACUUCCAAAGAUACCGCAGCAACAAGCAAAGAAAAAAUGCGAUCUUCCAAGACACCACCACCGCAUUGGUCGUGCCUAAAUGAAACGGACUCGAGCAGCUUGCCACCGAUACGUUUAAGUGAAUCGAUGGCCAAUCUCUGCUUGGUGCCAACAGUCCGUGAAGCUUAUUUAAAAGUACCUGCACAUGAUAAGCGUAUACUUAACCGAAUGGCGACUAAGCGAAACGAACAAGCGAUAGCCAACGAAAAUGCCUGGCUCGCUCGCAAGUAUUGGGAGAAUGAGCGCUACGAACGUGAGCUGCUUAAAUGCGAGCAAAUGGAAGAGUACAAAAAGGCGGUCCGUGACAAACAAUUCCAGGAUUACUUGCAGACGAAGACACGACUCAACGAAAUCGCUCAGCGAGAUCUAAUCGAAUUGCAACACUUGAAAAAAUCUUUGCAGCAUAAAGACGCUUGCACCCGCAAACGUUUGCAGUCGUUGCGUGCCGAGCGCGAUAUGGCCGUCAAUCAGAAACGUUGCGAUGAUCAGAGAAAACUUGACGCUGUCUCUCUCCAACACGAGGGGCAACAAUUGAAUGAAGUAUUAAAAAAGGAUCGAAUUUGUGAACGUCUUACCGAACGACUUAAACGAGCCGAUCGAUUGCGUAAUCAAAUUUUGGAAAACUAUUUGAAACGCUUGCGUUACGACAACUGCGUUGAGCAAUUGCAACACGAAGAACAUUGGCGUGAAGUUCAAUUGAAUGAACAACUAAAACUGGAUCAAUUAAAUGAAAGAAUCUCCCGAAAACGUAGCCGAUCUCAGCAAUUCGUGGAAAACCGACAAAAGCGAAACGAUUCACUUAGGAAAACUGCGAAAAUUUCCCAAAAUCUAAGGCAAUUAGUACGCUCGUCGGUCAGUCCAGAGGGAGGUGUUACAUUGUUCGGUGUAGCCGAGUGCAACGUAGCGGCAACAAACCUUUGCUGCUCUCAAACAAACCUAGAAAAUCUAUUGCUUAAUUAAUCGUAAAGUCUAAAGUAAUUUCAAAUGAAGAUAUGUGAUAAAAAUCAAUUUAGAAACGAAAAAAGAAAAUUACCUUACG